AUGGCUUUGCCACGUUUAAUAAUACGUAAAGUGGAUAAACAAAUGGCUUUGUUAGAGGCAGACGAUCCCGUUUCCCAAUUGCAUAAGUGUGUAAAAAUAAUACAAUUUCAAGCGACACCCAGCCCUAAAGAACCCAAUAAGGAAAUGAUUAAUAAGUGUAUUCUAAGGGACAAUGAAGUACCUAUAGUUAAUUCAUUAAAUUUGAAUGGUGGUGGAGAUGUGGCCAUGUUGGAGUUAAGUGGUGACAAUUUUACUCCUCAUUUACAGGUUUGGUUCGGCAAUGUGGAAGCCGAAACUAUGUAUCGCUGUACGGAAGUCCUCCUGUGUGUGGUCCCUGAGAUAUCGCAAUUUCGGGAGGUAUGGUUAUGGGUGCGUCAACCUAUCCAGGGAGUAGACUGUCUUAUACGUAAGAUAUAG